UGUCAAGUUCCCAUGAAUAAAAAUAAUAUGUAUUUCGUAUCAAGUCGUAGAAAGUCAGCAUUAUCUAUUGAUUACUGCCGUAGAAUUAAAAUAUAUCUAUCUACUUAUAUCGGCUAGAUAUACUAAAUAUUACAUAUCUGAAAACAUGCUCCCAAAUAAACUAAAAAUAAUAAUGAUUGGACCUUCAGAGAGUGGUAAAACUCAAAUUGCAAAUUUUAUAUCUGAGACAAUAAACAUAGAAGAAGCGGGCCCGCCUACUCCUACUCAAGGUGUCCGAGUAGUAGAGUUUGAGGUUUCUAACAUAAGUAUUAAUGGAAAAAUAAUGAAUGUCGAUGUAGAACUCUGGGACUGCAGUGGUGAUCACAAAUUUGAAUCAUGUUGGCCUGCAUUACGGGUGGGGGUACAUGGCGUGAUAUUAGUGUGUUCUCCCAGCACCGCACAAGCAGCAGCGAGAGAGAUGGAACUUUUGUACAAUUAUUUUGUAUCGCAGCCUAAACUAUCAACGAAACAAUGUGUUCUCUUUUAUAACAAUACACAUGACAAUGACGAUAUGGAUUCACUGAGCUUAUCUUCCACUUUUUCUAAGGUAUCACAAGUGACAGUAAACUUCAAGAAUGAAAAUAUUAGAUUAAAAAAAGACUUCUCAAACUAUAUUGCUUCUAUUUUACAAACAUUAAAUACAGAUAAUUGAAUACUAUAGUUGUUUUUUAUAUUUUUAAGUAAGUUAGUAUCAGUACGCAUGCAUUUGCUCACUGAUGGAAUUUGUUCUAAUACUUUUUCUCUUUCGCCGAUAGCAAUGUAAUAGCCGAUACUUACAAUAUUUGAACAUACUGCUGGAAAUAUAUACUGAAAAACA